UCGUGGCGUUCAGUUUAAAUCCGACUACACAAGGAUACUACAGAUUGAUGUUCUGUAGUUCAGUUCACUAUCGUAGUUCGUUGUAGUACUUGUGGUUUAUCGAUUUAUGUAAAAUGGGAAACAUUUUUAAUAGAAAGGUUAAACCGUUUACAAAUGAAGAUUCCCCUUUAAUUGGUUCCAAUUCAAAAUCGAAAUGGUAUAAACAAAGAAAUGUGGCGCUCUUUGCAUCCGUUAUUCUGUGCAUAUUAAUUGUCUUAUAUUUAUUAUUUUUAAUAUUCAAUAAACCGGCGGUGAAAACAUCCACUUUAAAAUUAAACAGUGUGGCGACAAUCAACAAUGACUAUUUUGAGAAAUGUGCACCACGGAUAACGUGUGACCCUAACUCAAAAUACAGGACGGUCAAUGGGUCGUGUAAUAAUCUACAAAAUCCUAGCUGGGGUGCAGCGUUAACUCCUUUUUAUAGAUACAUGGAUCCGGUGUUUAGCGAUGGGAUCUCAGCUUUUCGACUACAGUCGGAUGGAAGUCCAUUACCAAAUGCCCGAAACCUUACUUUAACGAUAUUCAAAGACACGAGUAGAACUUGUGAUCAUAAAAACAAUGAAAUCUUGGUACCAUGGGCCCAAUUUAUCACCCACGAUAUGGCUUAUUCUCCAGUUCGUAGUGUCAAUUCAUCUUUUCCCGCUGCUCUAGAACAUUGCCAGGACAAGAAUCCACCUGUAGAAUGUAAGGCAACCAUUCCAAUAUCUCCAGAUGAUCCAGUAUACGGAAAAUUAAAUAUGACGAUUUUAAAAUUCAUGCGUCUUGUAACUUCAUCAGCUGAUAACUGUUCCUUAGUUCCUGACACAGUUCUUAACAAAAACACACAUUUUAUCGACACGUCAAAUGUGUAUGGUUCCGAUACUGAAACAGCAAAUAAAUUACGUCUGUUUAGUGGAGGACAAUUGGCAUACAAUACAAUUGGAAAUCAAGAGUACUGUCCUCAGGAUCCAAGUGGAGUUGUAAAAAAAGGAAAUAAGACUCAAGUAACGAUUGCAUUUAUGGCAGGAGACGUAAACAUCAACCAAAAUUUAGGAAUAGCAUUAUUUCAAAAUGUAUUCUUAAGAUUCCAUAAUUAUAUUGCAAACAAGUUACAAGAAGAUCACCCUUUAUGGACUGAUGAGACUGUCUAUCAAGAAACACGUAGAAUCGUUGCAGCUGUUACUCAAAUUAUUACAUACGAUCAUUUUUUGCCAAUAGUUUUGGGUGAAAAAUAUAUGAAUGAAUAUGGUUUAAAUAACGAAACAAAUUAUGAUCCAACGAUAAUUCCUUCUAUGGCACAAGAGAUGACUAGUGGUGCUUUUCGAUUACUUCAUAACAUAAUUCCUGCUAAAUUCAAAUAUAUGUCUAAAAAUUACACUACAUAUGAAGUGGAAGAACCUUCCAAGACGUUUUUAAGACCAGAUUCAUUGAUUGGUAACGUUGAUGGAUUUAUUAGAGGCUUAACAGAAACUGGUGGACGCGAACCCCAGGCAUCAUAUAAUGACCUUAUUUCAAAUAUUGUUAUUCAAAAUCCAGCAGUCAACACUACUGGAUUUGAUCUGCUUUCUUAUGACAUACAACGCGGCCGUGAUGUUGGUCUUCCUCCUUACACUAAAUUGAGAGGUUUAUGCGGACUGCCACAAGUAAAUUCUUUUGAUGAUUUAUCAGAUCACAUACCAUCAAAUAAAAUUGAUCAGUUAAAAGAUUUCUAUUCAUCGGUUGACGAUAUUGAUUAUUAUGUUGGAAUUUUAUUGGAAAAUAAAAUAAACGGAUCAAUGUUUGGUCCUACUGGAAGUUGUGUUAUUGCUGAUAGCUUUUAUCGAUUUAGAAACGGUGAUCGUUUCUUUUAUGAUGUAAAAGGUCAACCUGGAAGCUUCACUUCAGAUCAAAUAAAGUCGUUGAAGGAUAUGACUCUUAGUCACAUAAUCUGUGCUACGUCAGAUAUAGAACGUAUUCAAACGAAUGCAUUUAGGUUAAUCGAUCAUAUACGAUUGAUGAAACUUAAGCCCAACUGUGAAACAUACAGAAUUGACUUGACUGCGUGGUGAAUGAUUCCAAAACAUUAGAUAUAAUUAUAUAAUUAUAUAACCUUAAGUAUCUCAAUCAGAUUCACAUUUGGAUGAUUAUAUUUUAUUGAGAUCGGAACUUAGAGCUCACAAUGUGUAAAUAAGGAAGAACAACAAUGCGGAGAUUUAUUUAUUGAGUAUAAGGUUAAAAAAUAUUUCUCAUUGGCCUUUAUUUAUACUUUUAUGCAAAAUAAAAAGUAAAUGCUUUUAAAAAUAAGAUAAGAUUAUAUAUUUAUUUUGUACACAAUUAUGUUUAAUUUAAUAAAAUAGCCUUUAUGGUAUGAAAA